AGCCUUCCAGUCCAGUCUCCCUUCCUUCCUUCCUUCCUUCCUUCCUUCCUCCAACUUUACCUUGUUCUAGCUCUCCCACCAGUCACCACACACACAUGCUCACACAAACAUACACAUACACACAAGAAGCCCUGUGAGGCUGUAGACUAGUGGUAGCAUAGUAGCAUCACAUUUUGUUGUUCUUCCUUUGCUUCAGGAGCCAGUUAGGACAUUGGUGUUACCGGGCUCUUUCCUCCAAACAGAAUCCAGAUUUUGUUCUCAUCCUCAAUUCUCUCUCCCUGACUCCCUCCCUCUCUCUUUCCAUCAAAUCACAAGCUUUGUUUAUAGAAAACAAACAGUUGUCUCUGCCUCUGCUUGGCUUCUUCUACCUGCAUCGGCCGUCCAUUUUUGCAGCAAGCAACAGUCUCUUCGGCUGCAUGAGUGUUCCCCGGAGCAACAAUGAGGGAUGGCAGCAACACCACCAAGAAGAGCAAGCUCUCGUGGUCCAAGAGCUUGGUGAGGAAGUGGUUCAACAUCAGGAGCAAGGCCCGUGACUUCCAUGCCGACGAUGUAGCUGCGGUUGGGAGGACAGGAGGGGCCGAUGAUGAGUGGAGGGGCAGCAGCUUCACCAGGAGGGAGCCUAGCACAGUCAAGAAGAGCAAGACAGAGAGGUCCUCAAGGAGGAGCAAUGGGCACUCGAGGCGAGGAAAAAUUGACCUUGACGCCGCUGAAGCUACAGUUACAUUGGACUACAGGAUAUUUGUUGCUACAUGGAAUGUUGGUGGCCGUUCCCCACCAAACAACAUGAGUCUUGAGGACUGGCUCCAUGCUGCACCUCCUGCUGACAUCUACGUCCUCGGGUUUCAAGAAAUCGUCCCGCUGAAUGCUGGGAACGUUCUUGGGACAGAGGACAAUGGCCCAGCAAGGAGAUGGGUGUCUCUGGUCAGGAGGACACUGAACAAUUGGCCAGGCACUAGUGGCAAUGGGAGCUUCCGGACACCGUCUCCGGCACCUAACCCAGUGGUGGAGAUAGAUGAUGACUUUGAGGGUUUGUCAUCGAGGCAGAACAAUGCACCAUUCUUUCAUCGUCGGUCUUUCCAGGCCGGGCUUAGCCGGAGUUUGAGAAUGGAGGGUGACAUUCUUGCUCCCCAGCCAAGGCUGGAACGUCGGUAUAGUGUCUGUGACCGAGCAAUCUAUGGCCGUAGGCCUAGCGACUAUGAAAACACCUGCAGGUGGGGUGGAUCAUCAGAUGAUGAGAAUAAUACUGGAGAGUCUCCGAGUACGAUUUAUUCACCAAUGUCAUAUGGAUAUGGUAAUGCAUCAUCUCUGGAAGAUAGUCAGAGACGAGCUGGUCAUACUAGAUACUGUCUGGUGGCAAGCAAACAAAUGGUGGGAUUAUUUUUGAUGAUCUGGGCUCGGAAAGACAUAAGGGAUGACAUAAGAAAUCUGAAGGUUUCUUGUGUUGGGAGAGGACUGAUGGGCUACCUCGGGAAUAAGGGUUCAAUUUCGAUUAGCAUGUCACUGCACCAAACAAGCUUCUGCUUCGUCUGCAGCCACCUGACUUCAGGACAGAAGGAAGGUGAUGAGCUGCGGAGGAACUCCGAUGUACUGGAAAUCAUCAGAAAGACCAGGUUUCCAAUGGUCUAUGGGCAGUAUGAGCGAUCACCAGAAACAAUCUUAGAGCAUGAUCGAAUCAUCUGGCUCGGGGACCUAAACUACCGAAUCGCGCUUUCCUAUCGGUCAGUGAAGGCCCUCGUGGAGAUGCGCAAUUGGAAAGCUUUGCUGGAGAAAGAUCAGCUAAGGAUUGAGCAGAGAGGUGGACGAGUAUUUGUUGGGUGGAAUGAGGGGAAUAUAUAUUUUCCCCCGACAUACAAGUACUCGAACAAUUCUGACAAGUACGCUGGAGAUGACAUGAAUCAGAAGGAGAAGAGGAGAACUCCUGCAUGGUGUGACCGUAUUUUAUGGUAUGGAAGAGGCCUUGGUCAACUGUCAUACGUACGAGGUGAAUCUCGCUUUUCGGACCAUAGGCCGGUCUACAGCGUCUUCAGUGCAGAAGUGGAAUCAAUCAAUCAUAGCCGGAUCCAAAAGAUGAGUUGCUCAAGUUCUCAACUGGACAUCGAAGAACUGCUGCCUUACUCAUAUGGAUACACUGACAUUAACCCGUACGGAUACACUGACCUAAACUUCUACUGAAAGAGUUCAAGGAUUUCAGUCUUCAGCAUCCUUUGAAUGUUGAAUCCUAUAAGUAGUGAUGAAAUGGUUGUAUUGUUGAUGAAGAUCAAAACAUUAUCGGACCUAAGCUUCAGCUUCUGAUAGUUGCUUCAGAAGUGCUCGGAUGGUAUGCAAGAUUUAAGUAAAUGGGACAAGAUGAGGGCCAUGUUCUCUGAACUCUGAGGAAAGUUACAUACUGCAGCAAGGGGCGUGGUUCACUGACUUGCAGCAAAACCGUUCGUUUUUGGGGCAGACAGUACGAUAUUCAAUCAUAAGCUCAGAAGACUUUGGUCACAGCAAAGAUACUACUGACACCAACGGCAAGCGUGCACCAGAUAUAUAUAUAUUUUUACCUGUACAUUGUAGGGCAACAUUUUUCAGACAAUAACGACAAGCAGUCCUUUGCAUAGUUUACUUCUCUGUGGUUGUAUUAAAGCUGUAAAAAAGGCCCAUGAACGCCUGCAUUGCUCGUAUGAUCAUUUCCAUGGAU